AUGCCUCGCAUCACGAGGGGCGCAUUGACGAUUCGGACAGAACUGUCGGGACCAGGGGCAAGUCCUGAACGCGAUAAGCUAUUACGGCUCGUCAAGUCGAUCGAAAUCAACCCCAAGAUCGCAUCUCUCCUAAGAAACCCAACAUGGUCGGUCUCUUCACUCAUGCCGCCGCCGCAGGCCGGGCCUUCAUCCACUGGCACUUCUACGCAACCGGGCGGGCUGCGCUCCGGAGAUAUUGAGAAGAAGGCUUCGAGCAAGAAAGACAAAGCAUCGUCAGAUGCUCAGCCGAAAGAAGUCGACCAGUUCGAAAUCACACCUUCCAAACUCCACCACCUCCUACGUCUGUCCGCGCUGCCGCCGCCGAGAACCGAAGCGGAGCAGACGAGCAUGCUUCGAACACUACAGCAACAAUUGCAUUUCGUCAAGGAGAUCCAAAAGGUCGACACGACGGGCGUGGAACCGCUGGUGUCCCUGCGCGACGAGACGCAGGAAGCACGACAACGGAGCGAAUUUACGCUCGAGUCGGUCCAAGACUUCCUAAAAAUGGAGGACAAGGUCGGCGUCAAUGGAACAAUACGGAGACGCAAGGCCCCCGUCGAUUGGAGCAAGGAAUUCCCCCGGAAACUGUCCGCGCAUCCGGAGAAAGGUAUCCCGGACCGCCAGGACGAUCGGAUCCUAAAGCCGUUUGAGCUGGGUGUCGAGGGCAACGAAAGCAGAAAGAGAGGCCACUUCUUCUUCGUUAAGAGGUUGAAGAAGUCGGAGGAAAUUGCUGCGUCGGAAGAAGGAUGA